UGGGGGCACACGGGGGGGGUGAGGGGGUGGCACCCUAAGGGGAUGCUGCAUCCUUGGGAGCAGCUGUGGGGGGCGUGGGGUGCUGGGGUGAGCAGCACCGUGCUGAUGGGGUGAUGGGGUGCUGCCAGGUGGGACGGUUUGCACCCCAAAGACCCCAAAAGUUAGCAGCACCCCAUAGGCCCCAAAAGCACUGGCAUCACCCCCAGGGUGGGGGUACCUCCCUGAAGGCGGGGGCACCCUCCCUGGGUCACCCUUUGGGUGCUGACCCCCAAAUUGAUGGGUGCCUGCAGCUCGUGGUGUCACCACGAUGAGGAUCAUCCAAGCCCCAUGAGCACCCAUUUAGUGCUGCACCCACCCUGGGGUGCCAUGGGAGGGGGAGGGGGGUCCCAUCCUCGGGCCCCCCCCCCAGCCCGGCGUGGGGCCACGCACAGGGUGCAGAUGGCGGGAGGAAACGCGGCAGAGACGCGGAGGAGGGGGAGGAAAGGGGGGGGGAAGCGCGGCUGCCGCAGCCACGGAAGCAUCGUCGGCACCGCCUGCGCCCGGGGAUGGGGUGGCAGUGGGGCCACCCACAGGUGUCACCCUACAGCCCCGUCACCGCACCCCGGUGGCUCCGUGUCUCAAUCUGAUACGCAUCCCAGGAUUGGGAUGGUGCAGAGGGUCGAAGUGCCCCGUGGAUAUGGGGUCGGCGCGUCCCAUGGAUGUGGGGUCGGGGAGUGCCACCCUGUGGCCACCCCGCAGCCGCCCAGCGCCCAUCCUCGGAUAUCAUCAUCCUGGCACAGCUCUUCGCUUUGGGCACCCCAUCCUGGCACUCCCACCUUGGGGUUGUCCUCCACUGCGCUUUCAUCCACCCCCCUCUCCAUCCCGGCACCCCGUUUAUGCGUCCCCUCGUUCUGGGAGGGGGGUGUGAGCAGGCAGGGAUGCGUGCAUGUGGGGGAGGGAGCAGAUGGGGGCACCCAAAUAGGGGUCUGCAAUGGGGCAGAGAUGUAGGGGUGCCCCAAUAAGGGUGUCUGGAUGGAGGGGGGGGAGUCUUGAAGGGGGUGCUGAUGGUGGGUGCAAGGAGAGGGGCACUCAAAUAAAGGAUCUGAGUGGGGGCUCCUGGAUGAGGUGUCCUGGAUAGGGGCACCCAAUUAGGAGUGUGCAACUGGGGUGUCUAUAUGGGGGUGUCCCAAUAAGGGUGUCUGGAUGGGGGUGUUGUGAUGUGGGUGCCCCGUGCUUGGAUGGAGGACACAAAUAGGGGGUGCUGGGGGAGAAAAUGGGGGAUCUCCUACAGGUUUGCCCACAAAGGGGUGACCCAGUUGGGAUAUUUUUGGAUGAGGGUACACAAAUUGAGGUGUCUGGGGGGUGGGUGCCCAGGUAAGGGCACCCAAAUAGGGGAGCUGAGAUGGGGGUACCCCUACAGGGAUGCCCACACAGGGAUAACCCAGUAGGGGUGUGCAAAGGGGGCAAGUGAUAUUGGGUGCCCCAAUAAGGGUACCUGGAUGGGGGUGAUCAGAUAGAGCCCCCCAGAUAAGGGUACCGGUACAAGGGUGCCUGAAUGGAGUGUCCUGGGUGAGGGUGUGAAAUGUGGGCACCCCCGGCAGGGAUGCUUGGAUGGGGGCACCCAAAUUGGGGUGCUGGAAUUGGGGAACCCACACAGGGAUGAUCGCACACGAUUGACCCCAAUAGGGGUGCCUGGACACGGGUACCCAAAAAGAGGUGUGCAAACGGGGUAGCAAUACCAGAGUGCCCCCAUACAGAUGCUAAGAUGGAGGUGUUGAGAUAGAGGCUCCCCAGAUUAGGACACCUGUUAUGGGGACACCUGGAUGGGGGCACCCAAAUAGGAGUGCUGGAAUUGGGAUGCCCCAGUGGGAAUGCUUAGACAGGGGGACCAAAAUAGAGGGGCUGGAAUGAAGGUGCCCAAAUUGGGGUGCCUGGAUAGGAGUAUCCCAGUUGGGAUGUUUGGAUAUAAGUACUCAAAUCGGGGUGCUGGAAGGUGGAUGCCAAAAUUGGGGUGCCUGGAUAGGAAUGCCUGGAUAGUGGUGCUUGGGUGAGGGCACCCAAAUUGGGGUGCCUGGAUAGAGGUGCCUGGAUAGGGGUGCCUGGAUAGGGGUGUUGGGUGAGGGCACCCGAACUCAGAUGCUGGGAUGGGGAUGCUUGGAUAGGGCACCCAAAUUGGGGUGCUGGGAUGGGGAUGCCUGGAUAGGGCAACCAAAUUGGGGUGCUAGAACUUGGAUGCCCAAAUUGGGGUGCCUGGAUAGGGGUGCCCCAGUAGGGAUGCUUGGAUGAGGACACCUGAAUUGGGGUGCUGGGAGGUGCCUCUGGGGGCUCGUGAAGCUCACCCCAUCCCACAGAUGGAAGUGGAGAAGCCCCCCCAAAAUGCUGAGCCGCCAACACUGCUGAAGACGUACCGAUGGCGAACGGCAGCACCCGCAGGCGAGCGGGACCCCGAGCGGUGCAGUGCGACCCCGGGUGGUCGGCACUGGAGCCGGCUGCAGGGCUGGAAGCGUUCCUACAGCCAACCCGAGUCUGAGAGCCUCGACGAUGGCGCUGGGAAGGGCAGCUCCAACCUGGGGGCACCCAAAGCCAGUGCCCGUCGGUCCCUCUUCCAAAGGGCGUUCUCGGCGCCCUCCAAGGUGGUCAAGGAGCCACGAAACCCCGAGGGUGGCAAAGGCACCCUACAGAAGUACCUGCGCUCCAUGUCCAAGAAGAAGGGCUACGUGGAGAACGGGGCCAGGGCUGAGAAGGGGUCCCACGAGGCCAUCCCAGCCCCAGAGAGCAACCACGCUGCCCCAUCCAUCCCAUUGCCUCCGGCAACCGAUGUCACAGUGUGGGACGUCUCCAACUUCUCACUGGUAGACGGACAGCUGGUCCAUGUGGGCCGAGACGAGGAGACUUGGAGCAGGAACAGAAACCGGACCGGGAGCUCUGAGAGCAGCAGCCUGCACCCAGUGGGUGGCAGGAGGGACAUCGACCCCGAGGAGAGGAGUGUGAGGACAGCUGGAAAAGGCACCGACAGCGACGGCUCCACCACCUCGCAGUUCAGCAACGUGAAGGGACUGCUGUGGAAGAGACUGCGGGAGCGGAAAGGUCGCAUUGUGUCCAAAAAUGAGAGCUCAGCGGCGGUUGGCACAGAUGGAGAAAGGGCCCCAAGCCGCAGUGGCUCCCAUGAAUCCCUGCUGCCAGCACCCAGCGCAGCCGAGCUGGACCUCAGUGGGGAGAAUGUCAUCGUGCGCCCCGUGCACGGCAGCAUCGUGGGCGAGAAAUUCUGCUUCCAGAUCAUCACAGGUGGGCACAGCCACUCCUUCGGGUGCAGCUCCUUGGCUGAACGCGACCGCUGGAUUGAGAACCUGCGCCGCACGGUGCAGCCCAACAAGGACAACUGCGAGCGCCUGGAGCUGGCUCUGAGCCUGUGGGUGUACGAGGCACGGGACCUGCCGCCCCGCCGCCGCCUGCGGUGCCACCUCCACCUGGACGGCACGCUCUUCGCCCGCACCACCGCCAAAGUGUCCGGUCCCGACGGCGAGCUCUUUUGGGGGGAGCUCUUCCAGCUGGCCGCCCUCCCACCCUCCCGCGCCCUCACCCUCUCGCUUUGCCGUGAUGAUCAGGGCCACCCCAGCCAGCCGGUGGCAUCUGUCACCGUCCCUUUGGCCGAGCUGGCUGCUGCCCGGCAGCCCUUGGAGCGGUGGUAUCCGUUGAGCAGUCAUGGUGGCAAUGACCAGGCGCCAGCGGUGCGGGUGCGCGGGCGGUACCGGGAGGUGAGGGUGCUGCCCAUCGUACGCUACAAGGAGUUGGCUGAGUUCAUCACCUUCCACUAUCGGGAGUUGUGUGCCUGCCUGGAGCCCACCAUCGCCGUGAGACACAAGGAGGAGCUCGCCGGCGCCUUGGUGCACGUCCUGCAGAGCACCGGGAAAGCCAAGGAGUUCCUCAUUGACCUUGGAGUGGCCGAGUUGGAUCGCUUUGAUGAUCGGGAGUCGCUCAUCUUCCGAGAGAACACAUUGGCCACCAAAGCCAUUGAUGAAUACAUGAAGCUGGUGGGGGGCAAAUACCUCCAGGACACGCUGGGUGAGGCCGUGGCCCAGCUCUGCUCCUCAGAUGACAGCUGUGAAGUCGAUCCCAGCAAAUGUGGUGGCCCUGACCUCUCAGACAACCAGAACAACCUGCGGCAGGUCUGCGAGGAGACCCUCCAGCGCAUCGCCACGUCCUGCGACAUCUUCCCGGCGGAGCUGGGCGAGAUCUUCGCAGCGUGGCAGGAGGAGUGCAUGGCUCGGGGCAAGGCGGCCAUAGGGCAGCGCUUGGUCUCAGCCUCGCUCUUCCUGAGAUUCCUCUGCCCUGCCAUCAUGUCCCCGAGUCUCUUUGGCCUCGUCCAGGAGUACCCGAGUGAGGCCACCGCUCGUACCCUCACCCUGGUGGCCAAGGUCAUCCAGAACCUGGCCAACUUCACCACGUUUGGUGAGAAGGAGGCCUACAUGGGCUUCAUGAACGAGUUCCUGGAGCACCACUGGAGCACCAUGACAGCCUUCCUGAGGAGCGUGGCCAGCCCUGAGAGCAGCGGCCAUGUGGCCACCUAUGAUGGCUACAUGGACCUGGCCCUGGAGCUUGCCACCCUCCAUCUCCUGCUCUGUGAUAUCUUCUCCAGCCUGGACCAGGCCACACAGGAAGAGCUGGAACCUCUACCCACCAUCCUCAAUGCCAUCAGGGAGGGCACACCAGUCCCUGUCUCCGUCCGGCUCAGCUCCAUCACAGAACGAAGCUCGGAGAGCUUCAAGCCAGGCUUCGUGCCGCCGCGGGAGCUGAGCAAGCACAGCCCUCUCAUCAAGAGCCAAUCGCUCAUCAGCAUCCGCCGCGCCCGCAGCCGGGAGGACGGGACAGAAGUGGAAUUGGCACCGGUUCCGGUACCGUCACCGCGAUCCAGUCGGGAGCGCAGGAACGUGCAGCGCACCCAAAGCGUCCCGGCACAGAACAAAGCUGCCCGGCGUCUGCGCAAGCAGAGCAGCGUCGAGCACGUGGUGGAACCAACGGGAGGGGAUGGAGCGAGGUCCUCCGUGCACCGUGAGGGCACCGGCCGCUCAAAGCUGCGCCCAUCGGUGUCACUGCCACGUAAAUCCACGGUGCCGUGGCAGCGCUAUGCUGAGGAGGUGUCAGUGGCACAGGGUGAGCUCUACGCCAUCCGCCCGCUGGAGAAGCAGCAUGGGAGGCAGAUCGAGGCACUGCGGAAGGAGGUGGCUGAAGGCCAGGAGAGGCUGCGGGUGGUGGAGGAGAAGGUGGGCGAGCUGGAGGGCAAGCAGCAUGGGCUGCAGCAGGAGCAGGGCCAGCACCAAGAGCUGCUUGAGCGUCUGCGUCUGCAGCUGGAGGAGAGCAAUGCACGGAUGGCCAAUGUGGUUGCCAGGCUGACGGCAGCUGAAGGGACCCGCAAGAAGGACCUGGAGAGGCUGAAGGCAAGCGAGGAUCGGGGCAGAGCGCUGGAGAGCAGGCUGGUGGCACUGGAGCGGGAGCACAGCGAGCUGCGGGAUGCCAUCACCCGGCUGCUGGGCCACCCCGGCAGGAUGGGACGGCGGCCACCAGCACAGAGCAGGGACGAGGGUGGGGAUGAGGGACAGGCCACCAGUGUGUGACUUUGGAUGUCACCGCGGCACGGCUGUGUUCCCCAGGUCCUGAUCUCAAUGGAUUUCCGUCCCUCAGCAAUAAAUAUUGUUGGUGUCACUGUGA